AUGGCCGAAUGGAUAGUCUCAGCUGAUAGUCGCAAAAUUAUGAAACAACUGGUUUUGGAUGCGCACCUUUCACCCAAAGAUUUAUCGGGAAUUGAUGAUAUCCUCGAAAAAAAUCGUGUCAAUUUUCAAGACUUAAAGAAUUUGAAGGUUUGUUUUUCAGUUACUUUCGUUGAACUUUUUUUCUUUCUUUAGAAAAAGCUACCAAAUAAUGUUCCUAUAUGUGUAUUUCUCGAAAAGUUGAAGUUACACUUUGAGCCCCAAGAAUACACUGCGUCCCUCGAGUUCAAGCAAGUUUAUCAUGUAUUACUGUUUCAAAUCAUUUUAGAGCGAAAACCGAAAGUCUCCGUCAGAAACAAAGUCAAUACGAGUACAAAAAGAUUGUCCAAUCAGUUGAUCCGACGCAGAAGUACGGCAAAAUAAAUCACAUGGAGGUUUGUCUCGUUGCCUGAAAUUUUUCAAUUCGUUAAGCUGAACUUUGAUAAUUUCAUUCUUUUAUUAUGCCGUGUUCAAUGGGGUUCCGCGAAAUUCAAAAUAACCGUCUGACUAGGGAACUACUCAUACUCGGGUACGCGUUUCGAGUUGAAAUUUUGGUGGCUUAUAGACCCGGGUAAGAGUACUUGGAAACAAGAAAGAUUAUUUGCUAAACCCCAUAGGCUUCUGAGAAAAAGCUUUUUGAAAAUGAACAGUUUAGGCUUGAAAAUUAUCAAACUUUUGCUUUCCUCCUUCUUUUGGCUGGAAAAAAGUUUUUUAGAGUUUAUCAUAGCCGGAUCAUUCAAAACGAUCGUAUUAAAAUAUAAAAUAAGGUAAAAAAGUAGUAUUCUAGAAAUUUUCAGGCCUAAUUUUCACAUUUUCUAUUAAUUUUUUCUCAGUUCUCCAUUGGGUUUAGCAGAUAUUCUCUCUUGUUUUCAAGUAUUCUGGCUUGGGUCUAUAAACCACUAAAGUUUGAACUCGAUCCGCGUACCCGAGUCCGAGUAGUUCCCUAGUGAGAGUGAGAAAAAUAAUUUGAUAUAUCUUAUCUUUUUAUAGACGUUAAACGUUUCAAGAAGUUUGAGGUUACUCGAAGACAUAAUUAAAUGGUCACCUUCAUCAUGUAUUUUUUGAAAAGGAGUUAUGUAUAAAAGUCAGUUUUGAAGAACUUCGGCGCGGAGAUGAAGACUGUGAACAGACAAGUGAUGUCCGUUGUGAACGUCCUGAUAACGGUGGUCGGCGCUUUUUUCUUUGGCUUUUCCGGCGUCACCUACGCCUACCCUCACCUGAAGCUUGACCUUGCCACCAGGUUUAUUAUUGGCCUUGUUCCAGCAACCAUUGUCUUUUUUGCUGAUUUGUACUUCAUUAUUAAGAAUUUGAGUUUCGAUGACAUGCCUGAAGAAAAACAGCCUUAUCAAACUUUCAGUUUCAAGAAUAUGGAAACGAAAAAGAAUAGUUAGAUGGUUCUUACGCAAAAAACUUUAAGAACUUCUAAAAAAGUAAAGAUUAUUCUGAAGAUAUUCUGCAUUGUAGCCUGCUUGAAGGAAUUUAUAAAUUGUGAUUUUUUGAGUUCGGAGUAUCAGGCUUUCGCUUUUUCUUUAAUAAUGGUAUAGAUACAGAAAAAAUUUCAUUUACUUUUUUAAUUCGUUUCUUCAAAUAUUUUCAUCGCUUAGUCCCGUCAUUAUUUUUGUGAUAUGUCUUCACUUAAGUCUCUCAAAGUUUUAUAUCUCUUGAAAUGUGUUCUUUGUUCAAGAAUGAAGAAUUUCGUACACUCUUAAUUCACUUUUUUGGAACACCCCCGACGUUAUCUUAUCACUUUUUCUCUCGUCAGAAAACACAAGCAACCUGAUUGAUGGGCUUCAAAACUGGAUGUGUUCUGGCGUCACUAUUAGCAGACGAAACGUGUGUUAGGUCUGACAGAAUCCGCAGAAUCUGACGCGGUGGUCUUUGCGCUUUCCCAUUUAGUGGGUAGACGCGGUUUUUAACAUAUCAAUGCGUUUAUAAAACUUUUCCAAAGUGUGCUAAAUAAUUUAAGCGAAGAGAAAUGAAGAAGAGAUUAGUGAAAUUCGUAGGGCCAAAAGGUCUCAAAAGAUACCAGAUUGUUGCUUAUCCUAACAAAAAAACUCAUUCGAAAGCUAAUUUUUUUAUUUUGACGUCGAAAAAAACGGCCUAAAUUUUUUUACUAUAUAUAUAUAUAUAUAUAUAUAUAUAUAUAUUGAAACGGUUUAUUGCAUCUUCAAUGUAAGAAUACAUGUACAAUCGACUUUCAUUGAGUUAACUGUGUUUAAACGGCGGCAGGAGCUGUGACUUAAGCAGAGAAGUUUUGAAUUUCGCUCGUAUAGGUCAUUCCGCGCCAGCUUGUCACGAUUUUAAAUUUCCUCGGAGCUAGAGUACCCAUUUCGGCGCUUCGCUUCGAUGCUCUCGGUGUGCCCCUUGCGUGCGCCUUUAAUAAAACUCAUUAUUUCCGAACUUUGGAAUUUUCUUAUUUAAAAACAGUUGUAACAUUAAAUUUUAUAUCAAACUAACUCAAAAAAAUUAUAUGCAAGAAAAAGCUCGAACAGUCGGUUUCCUUAAUAACAAUUAAAAAAAUAAUAAUUCAAUCUUUUUUUGAUUUUUGAUUUUACAUAUCCAGCACAGAAUCUGAGUGUGUAUAGUUAAAGCGAAAAAUGAAAUCAAUUUAUUAAAAACAACCUCGUAAAUUAAUAAAAGAGAUAGAGGACAUUGAAGCAAUAUCUUAAUCAGAAAUAAUGUUUUAUUAAAGGCGCACGCAAGGGGGAACACCGAGAGCAUCGAAGCGAAGCGCCGAAAUGGGUUCUCUAGCUCCGAAGAAAUUUAAAAUCGUGACAAGCUGGCGCGGAAUGACCUAUAGAACAUCAGGUACAAGAGAGGUCGUAGGGAGAAGUACGGUGCCGGCUUUCCAAAGGCCGAUGGCAGAGAUGGAGCCUUUUCGCUGCAUGCAGCUCCCAAUUUUAUCUACCCCGGAGGGAUGAAAGGCUUGGUCGACCUCGGGGGGACUCGAACCUACGACCUCGCGGACGUUAGAAAUGAAUCUUUACCAGCUGAGCUAUGCUGCCCCCUAUAUAUAUAUAUAUAUAUAUAUAUAUAUAUAAUGCCGUUUUUCGAAUCGGUUUUUAAGUGAAGGGCAGACUUCACCUGUUUUGCUGAUAGGGUGCAUUGGAGAAAUAACAAAGGGCUAUUUUUGUUUUGAAACUUUAAACGCUACAGCUGUUCUUUUUGCCUAACUCAACACAGGAAAAGUUUCCUUUUUGCUUAAAAAAAGCCUUUCUAUGUUGCGAGAUCCAAAAAAAAAACAAGAAUGAAAAAUGAUGGCACUCUCUACGGUAUCAGUCUCACUUUCGCCUUUCUGAUCUCUACGGCUGCUGCAGCGUCAGAGAGGAACCAAAAAGAUGACCCACAUGAAGCCUUCCGCAGCGGUUGGCCCGGUUCCCACGAUCACAAACCUCUGACGUACGUCAAAGUCUUUUAAUCAUGUCCUUCUUGGCUAAUAUAAAAGCUGGGGAGAAGCUUGACGGAAAGUUCAUCCCAGCGAAAUGUCCUCUCGACUUUUCCGCACCUUUUUGAUUCUCAGCCUUCUGCAGGCUAUCCUCGCAAACCCUUACGGACGACAUCGUUAUCAAAGGUACUAUCAGCCUUAUCAACAGUAUUAUGGAUACCGCACUCCAAAUUAUCAAGCUUACCCAUAUUAUCCUACCUACUCCAACGGAUACCAGAACCCGUCCGGAAUAAAUUUCGACCAGUACGGCAAUUCCUUCAUCGGUACCAAAGAUAAUGGAAUUUUUUUGCUUUGUAAUGGCCGUGGAUGUCCUGGUAGAGGAUGAUUCUUGUUCUGGCAAAAAUUUUUCACAAGAAAGUCAGAAGCUUCUCGGAAAAGCUUUAAUAUGAAAUGGUGUCGUGUGUUUUUUUGUUAAUGCGUUAUGUUUUCGUCGUUCAAUAAAUUAUUCGCAAUAAAUUUCUCAGAAGCAAUGAAAAAAAAAUUAUGACAAUCACGAAGGAGUGCAUAAAAGAAAAGUUUCAGAUCAACAAGUUUAUAAUGGAAAAUCGAGUCUAAAAUUUAAAAAAAUCAUCAGUUUGGCUACAGAAAAAAAAAUUGAACUAUUUAUGGUGAUAGUCAAGCUAAAAACUAAGAUUGAUCUGGUUUUUUGAUAAUUUUUUGGUGACCUCCUCGGAUGGACUUGAAAUUUUUUUUUCGAGUGUAGACGAAGGCGCGUUUGGAGAGGUGAUAAAAAGCUCUUAAAGCCCAGAGAAUCUUUCUCGAUUGUAGGUCUUGAUGUGUAAAGCAGCCGUCGCAUGGAAUCGGCUCACAAGCAACUGACGCGGUUAAAUUCUUGCCUGUCCUUUAAAAAAAAAACUUUUUCUCUCUUUAUAUUCUUAAUUUUUUUUAUUCCUCGUUCUGUAGAUUAUUUUUUCAACCAGUUCUAAAGAAAGGAGAAUUUCUAAUUUUCAAAUUUCUUAUAAUCUUCCAGCAGUUGAAAAAUUGAUUCAAGCGGUUCACUCUAGUUUUUUGGUGGCGCGGAGCCGGUCAAGUGUCCUUGCGGCUCUCUAGUUUCAUUUGUGCUCUUUUUUUUUAAUUUUCAACUUCUCGCAGAGCAGGAAUUGCUUUCUGUAGAACCAAAUUUCAAUAUUUGAUUAACUCUUUUACUUUUCUUGCUUCUCAAAGUUAAAUAUUCAUCUUUUUGAUUAUCCUUUCAAAUUUCUGUGAUUCACUGUAACUAGACAGAUUUGAGGACUUUUUAUUAGUAAGUGAAUUUGUGAUUCUCACUUGAAAACUUAUCAUUAGCUCAGUGUUGAAAAAAAGAACAGAAUAGGUGAAAACUCAUUCUUUUGUGUUCCUUCUUUGGAAUCGAGAGCGAACGUGUGCCACUCAAGCUCAAGGACCACAAUUGACACAGAAAAAUCGGGAAACAAGUGGCCUUCAGACAGCUUUUGAUCAAUCCAAAUCUGGCGGCUGAAACACCGAUUCGCUAUCUAUUCACGCCAGUUACAGAUCCUUCUUUCAAUUUUCAUCGUUUUUUUUUAGUAUCCGACCGACCGAAAUUGAGAGCCCAUGAGGGUCCAGACGCGGAGUUCAAGCGAUCAUUUAAUUGAUUAUCUACAUCAAUUCCCUCUUCUUCUUUUAUUUGUGAUACCUUUGAUUAGCGGAUUUUUGGGCCUACGCAAUGUAGGCUUGAAAAGUGUGAUCCAGUUUCAACAGGUUUGUUUUCAAGUAGAUUUCGGAGAUUUUCGGUAUGCUGUUUGUUAUUUUUGAAAGAAAACUGACCUCUUCAGGGUAAACUGGGAACAUCUCCUUGGCGAGUCGCCGUCACGAUGACUGUCGUAACAGUGCCGGCUUUCUUUUCAUGGUCGGUUCAUGAAACUUCGCCCUUCAGAAAGGACUCUUUCAGGUGUCUUUGUGUGAGAGGCCCAUCUGCUCUAUUUUAUCAAAUCGGAGCUUCGACUUCCGUUGUUCUUACCGCCCUGUCAUCUGCAAGUAUCCUUCACUACAUUCCUUCUCCUUCCAUCUCCACAUUUUUUCAACUUCGUUUUCUAUCUGAGAAUUGUGAGUCAUAAAUAUGUGGAUAAUGCUCCUGGAAAAGGCUUUCAGUGGAGAGUUGCGUUUCCUUGGUGCAAACUCUCGUGCUGGGGUCGUCGUCAGCCCUCUUGCUCUACUAUUCAGCUUCAUUUUUGUCAGCUGUGACAUCUUUCUCCAAUUACCUGCUGCUGCCUCUGAUAGCCUAUUUUUCUCUUUUCGCCAUAAUUUUCUCGGGUCAUUCGGUCAUAAUGAAUGCGUCGCUUCUGCUAGAGCUGCUGGUGACAAAAAAGCACCAAAAGCAAACGGAAAAAGAAGAGUUUCAGGUUAUGUUUUCUGGUGUUACCGUUUUUUUGUAUAACGCCAUCGAUGACGUUGCCUCGUUCACGGCAAUAGUUCCUUUGGCUUUUCGAUGGACAGAUUCUCUAAUUUCCUUUUUCGUAGGCUUUAUCGUCAACUUUUAUUUCUUGAAUUCCCCUUUUCUGUAUCAGGUUAGCGUCUUUGAAGCAAAGAUCAGAAACAUGCUUUUUUGUAGGCGUAUUCUCCCAUGCCGACAAUUCAUAAACUUCGCUUGUCCAUCAUGCUCUAUGGGGUUUUCCAACUGUUCCUAACCUUAUUCGCAUUCCUCAUAGCGACUUUAUUUUCCAAUUUUUUAAAUAGACACUGCGCCCUUUCUCUUUCAUUUGGUACAUUCUUCCAGUUCACAAAGGUCAGUUUUGGUUGGAAAUGAAGCUAUUCAAGAGAAAGACUUUUGAUUUGAAGGUCAGUGUUGCGGCAAAGUUCCAAGCGUACGCAAUAUGCGCCGCUUGCCUCUGUGUGCUCAACUUUUGCUUCAGAUGGUGAGCCGACUUUUCUUUUUUUUUCGAUAUAAGAUAUCAUCACUUCUAGGUGCCUUUUAUCUGUGAUCACGGUUGUUUGGGAGCAACACCUGGCCAAACGGCUUCGUUCCUGGAAUCCCCUUCAACAGCUCUGCUUUCUGCAGCUUCUGUUGGUCGUCUUGCUGACGUUGCUGCUUCUCGCGGCAGUGGGAGCACACAUAACUCACCUGCCGAUCGGAUUCAUAUUCCCACAAGUUGUUUUUGUUAUAUUGUAAGUCCGGCAGGUGUUCGAAAUUAAUUUGAUCAAUUUCAGUAGUGCGUUUGCCAUGGUCGGCGGGUUAGUCACUUGCGGCUACUUUUUGCCCUUCUGCAGCUCUAAAGGGGCUCUUGCCUCCUUCUUUUUGACGAGUAUCCUAUUAAUUAUCAAUCUCUGCGUCUCCUUCGCGAAUAACUCGAUGCGAAGUCUGCAGAACGCAUGCGACACGGACAGCUCGACCGGAAUUCUCUCAAAUGUCACCCAUAGGUUUAUUUUAGAUAGUUUGACUGGAUUGAAAAAAUGUAUGUCAUAAAUAAUCAUAUUUUUCAAUGUCCUCAGCUUGUUUUUUCCGUUCAAUCAAAAAUAACGAGUUUUUGGGUUAACUUUAGAGGUGUAAGAGCUAGAAGACGCUAGACGACUUUUAACCAACGGCCUUAUUAAACUUUAAAUACUAAAGGAUCUCCAUUUUUCAUUAUUUUCUGCAAAGCAUAUUUUUUACGUCUUUAACAGAAAUUGAAGUGAGUGAAAGAAAGGAUAAAAUUUUAUUUCAAAAAAAACGGUAUAGAAUUUGAGAAGAAGAAUUCCGUGUAAAAUCUUCAUUCCGUGUAAAAUCUUCAUUCCGUGUAAAAUCUUCACUCGAAGUGGUAGCUCUCAUUCUGAGGCUUCCACCUAGAGCACGGUCUCCGGGCUCCAGCACAACAUCCGCUACCUUCUGAGCUCGUCAAGGCGCAACUGGAUGGACUACGCGCAGAAGGACGAGGCGAAGGACCCUCGCCAAAGGCGGUUGUUCGUUAUAGCUUUCAAAGUCCUUGUUCACCGCCUAGUCGAUACAUCUAUGACUAAACCAACAAAAUAAAUGAUUUGAUUUGAAGAAGAAGGUUUAAACUUUUCAGAGCUAUUAAUGCGGAGAAGGUUUUCUCUGUUGUCGCUCACAUGCCUCUUCAGGCGCAACCCAUCAUUACUUAUUCUGUAACUAUUAUAAUCAAGAUGAAAGUUUUGAAUUAUCUUUUUUCAGGCGUUCAUAGCCUUGUGUGUGUUCGUCUCGAUGAUGACCGGCGGCCAGGACCAGAUGAGCCUUGAUUGGAACUUGAUAGCUUUUACUUGGACGGCUUCCGUUCGUUCUCCAACUUCUUUUUCGAAGAGACCUUUCCUGGAGACCGACUCUUUCCGGUUUGCGCAACGGACGCAGAGCUCUAGUAGUACUAACAUCCACGGCUACAAGUGA